AGAAGGCUUCGUUGCUGCAAGCAACAUCGAAUUGGUACAACCACCCCCAUAUCAUGAACGGCUCGAUGGAGCUGUUCAACGCCCUCCAAACAUCCCCUCAUAACUUCCUCCAACCCUCCCUGCCGCUCUACACGGACACUGUCGCCUAUCUCAAGAAUGUGCUCGACCCAGUCGCUGCAGACGUGAGCGCAGCGCAGCAGCAGCGACAGCUCGAGGCGCGCAAGAAGCGCAAGCGCGGCGAUCAUAUAUCAGAUGAUGAAGUCCUAAGGUUGAAGCAAAUUCACACGCAAGGAUUUACAGCAGAGCAAGUAUGGGAACAGGCGAGGCGGGUGAUUGAUGGUGCGCGGAGGGAGGCCGAGCGAGGGCUUGCAAAGGUUAGGGAGCGGGGGGUGCAGGUUGAUGAGACCCAGGUUGGAUUGGAAGACUCGUCUGGGCAGGAUGAGGAUUUAGGUGUUGAGGGAGUUGACUACGAGAUUGAGGGUGUCGAUGAAGGCGAGGAAGAGUACGAAGGUGAGUCGGAGGAUCUGGAGGCCGCUCUUGAUGGCGCGGAAGCUGCGGACAUGGAUGAUUACGUAUCAGAAGGCGAAGAUAUUGAGAUGGACGGAGAAGAUGGCUUCGAUGAUGGUAAGGACCUUGCCAACGAAGGUCCAGCAGAGGAGUACGUCUCCGACAAGUUCGGCCUGAACGACGGCUUCUUCUCCAUCGACGACUUUAACAAGCGUUCCGACUUCUUAGAGCAGCAGGACGUGCGUGGGGACGACGACGCCGCAGCCAGCGAUGAGGAGGAUGUGGACUGGGAUGCUGAUCCGCUCGGCUCAGCGGCCAUUGCAGAUGGCGAUAGCAUUGACGGAACUGAUGAUGCGGACGAAGAAGACGGCCCUACCUUUGGUGACCCGGAUGCGCUGAGCGAAGAUGAGGACGAGGAUGGAUUGGAUGUAGGAGAGAUGGACGCCAUAGGCAGCGGGCUCGGCAACACGAACGCCAUCAUGUACGCCGACUUCUUCGCCCCGCCCGCGCAGAAGAAACGGAAGAAUAAAAAAGGCCGGCCGAAUCCGCAUAACUUCCCAGCUCAGGCUCCCGCUAUUGUCGCCGCCGACAAUGACGACGUCGAGCGCACAAUAUCAGCCGUGCACCGUGAUCUCUUCGAAGACGACCAAUCCGACGCCGGUGAAGACGCGGAGGAUGCACCACCAGGAUUGAAUGGCCUGGACCCAUCGGAUCCCAAAGCAAGACGCUCAACUCACGAACGCCGCCGUCUAGCCCUUGCAGAGGAAAUACGCAAACUCGAAGCCGCCAAUGUCGCUAAGCGAGAGUGGACACUCUCUGGUGAAGCGCGCGCGGCGGAUAGGCCGUUGAACUCCCUGUUAGAAGAAGAUCUGGAGUUCGAACGCGCGGGCAAGCCUGUCCCUGUCAUUACGGCGGAGGUAAGUGAGAGCAUCGAAGACCUCAUUAAGCGGCGGAUCCUGGCGUUCGACUUCCAGGACUUGAUACGAAGACGGCCGGACGAUAUGGCUACUGGUGUGAAGAGGGGACGUAUGGAGACGGAGUUAGACGAUACGAACAGGAACCGGAAAGGUCUGGCUGAAGAAUAUGAAGAAGAGCACCUUCGCCGCACGGACCCUGCGUAUGUCUCCGCGAGCGACGAGAAGACGAAGAAAGAAGAACUGGAGAUUUUGGCAUUGUGGAACAAGGUGAGGAGUGCUCUGGACAGUCUGAGCUCGUGGCAUUUCAGACCUAAGGCUCCGGCUCCGAACUUGGAGGUUCGUGUAGAUGCACCGGUUGUGAGGAUGGAAGACGCGCGGCCUAGUGCUGGUGGCAAUGCGGUGGAGGUGUCGCAGUUGGCGCCGCAGGAGGUGUAUAGAGCGGGCGAGGCGGUGGAUGGGAAAGCGGAGGUUGUGCAGGGCGGAAAGGGCAAGGGUGGCGUUGUGGUGGCGAGGGAAGAGAUGACCGCCGAUGAGAGGAAACGAAGACGCAGGAGGGAGAAGGAGAGGAUCAGGAAGGCGGGAGGAGCUGCGCCUGUAGCUGGUAAGGCGGACGGUGCAAAGAAAGGCAAGGGUGAGAUGGUGAAGGAGUUGAAGAGGGGUGGGGUUAAGAUCAUUGGAAGGAAGGGAGACGUUGUCGAUGUGGAAGGACGGAAGACGGGAGGGGGUGGGCAGCCAGUGGGUGGUGGGAGGUUUAAGCUGUAAGGUUUAUGCCGUUGCUGCUGUAGCAAAUGUGUCUGCAGGUCGCCGGGCCGACUACUAAUGGAAGCAUCGUUUGCGCUGUCCAACCAUCUCCCAAGCGUAGAGUCAAUGCAGGUCCGGCAUGGGUCGCUGUAGUCGUCUACAUGGAAAGAAGCAU